AGGCUCUGCAGCCCGGCCCCGCGGACAAUGCCUGCAGAGGAGUUUGUGGCUGGCUGGGUCUCCGGGGCUCUGGGCCUGGUCCUGGGACACCCCUUUGACACUAUCAAGGUGCGGCUCCAGUCCCAGAACAAGUACCGGGGCAUCUUGGACUGCGCCAGCCAGAUCUACCGUCACGAGUCGGUCCUGGGCUUCUUCAAGGGAAUGAGCUUCCCCAUCGCAAGCAUUGCCCUGGUCAACUCCGUCCUGUUCGGGGUCUACAGCAAUGUCCUGCUGGUGCUGACUGCCACCCCCUACCAGGAGCGGUGGACCCACCCUGCCAUGUACACCGACAUCUUUCUAGCGGGCUGCAUGGGGGGCUUCGUGCAGUCCUACUGCCUGGGCCCCUUUGACCUCAUCAAAGUGCGGCUGCAGAACCAAACGGAGCCCAGGCUGAAGCCGGGGAGCCCGCAGCCACGGUACCGGGGCCCCCUGCACUGCAUGGCCUCCAUCCUGCAGAAGGAAGGGGUCCAGGGGCUGCUUCGCGGCUCUGGCACCCUGAUGCUGAGGGAUACCCCGACACUGGGCAUCUACUUCGUCACUUACGAAUGGUUCUGCAGAUAUUCCACCCCCAAGGGCCAGGAGCCCAGCUCAACCACUGUGCUGGUGGCCGGUGGCUUCGCCGGCAUUGCCUCCUGGGUCACAGCCACGCCCUUGGACGUGAUCAAGUGUCGCAUGCAGAUGGACGGGCUGAAGGAGCGGCUGUACCGGGGCGUGGUGCACUGCAUGGCCAGCAGCCUGCGGCAGGAGGGGCCCGGCGUCUUCUUCCGAGGGCUUACCAUCAACAGCGCUCGUGCCUUCCCCGUGAACGCCGUCACCUUCCUCAGCUACGAGUACCUCCUCCGCUGGUGGGGCUGAGGUGGCCAGGGUAGGCCUCAGCUGGCAGUGCACAUGCCAGAGGUUCAGCCCUAGGGGCCGGCCACACUCACAUCCUCAUCCAUCAAGGGCCUCCUCCCCCCACGGAACUGGGGCCUGGGCGCUGGCCGGCGCUGGCUGGGAUCCAGAGCGGGUCUCAGACCCCAACAGCACGGGCUACUAGCACACCCUAGUGUCCCAUGUCUGUCCUCGAAGCAGGUGUGACAAGGUGCGAAUCAACAGCCAAAGGUGCCCACAACUCCCCUGGGGCCAAGCGCUAUUACCUUUGUGCCCUGUCUCCCACGGAGGUCUCCCUUGGGCUGUCUCCUGACCAUGCCUUCUGGACUCUCUGGCCACACCACACUUCCCAGCCUCCUGCCCCCCGGGGCCACAGCUGCAGACUUGGCUUCAGUCUCCAGGGAGCUGGAGCACCUGGCGCUGGGAUCGCCAAUCGUACCUCUCAUCUCCCAGCCCCAGGCCAGUGCCCGGAGCCGGGGAUGUGUUCAGUAAACAUUGCUACACAGCC